AUGUCUACUCAAAAGCCAUUUCCAACAGCAACUUCAGACAGUGGAUUUCGUCAAGAACCACCUCAAUUGAAGAAUCAAUACCAAGAUGAUAUUGUCUUUAAAAACAUUCUAAAGAAACUGCUGCCAGCUUCUAUGUUGAGUGAUAUUGAACCUGACCUCACUCAAUUUGGCGAGAGAGUCAUCACAGACAUUGCUGCCAUGGGUGAAGAUGUCGAGACACCCAACAAUUAUCCACAACUCAAGCAGUACGAUGCUUGGUGUAGACGAGUCGAUGAGAUCUCUACAGCCCAAGGAUGGAAAGACUUGAACGAUGUUGCAGCUAAAGAGGGUUUGAUUGCCAUUGCCUACGAGCGCAAAUACAACGAGUAUUCGAGAAUCUAUCAGUUUGCAAAGCAAUACCUCUAUGCUCCUUCAUCUGCCAUGUACUCAUGUCCUCUUUCCAUGACAGAUGGUGCCGCACGUGUGCUUGAGCUGCUGGGCACUCAAGAAAUGAAGGAUAAAUAUUAUACUCGCCUGAUUAGCCGUGAUCCCGCUCUAUUUUGGACUAGUGGCCAAUGGAUGACAGAACGCCCUGGUGGUAGUGAUGUAGGUCAAUCCGAGACGCAAGCCGAGCUUGUUGAUGAAAAGACAAACACCUGGUCAGUUUCAGGCUUUAAAUGGUUCUCUAGUGCUACAACAGCUGACUUGACGAUGCUUUUGGCUCGUACAAUUGAUCCCAAAGAGGGCACUGUGAAGACUGGAAGCAAAGGUCUGUCUCUUUACAUUGCAGAAAUGAGACAACCUGAUGGCCAAUUGAACGGUGUCAGAGUGCAUCGCCUCAAGAACAAAUACGGUACAAAAGGCUUACCCACUGCCGAGCUGCAAUUGUCUGGCAUGAAGGCAACUUUGCUUGGUAGACCUGGCCGUGGUGUUCCCAAUAUUGCAUCUAUUCUUAAUAUCACUCGUAUCUAUGCCUGUUUGGGCGUUGUUUGCGCUCUUCGUCGUUCUCUUGCCAUUGCCAAAGAUUUCGCAUACAAGCGCCGUGCUUUCAACAACUCGUUAGACAAGACUCCUCUGCACAUUACAACACUUGCUCAGCUGGAACUCAUAUUCCGUGCAGGUGCUCAGAUCUCAUUCUACGCAAUUGAAUUACUGGGCCGCACUGAAUGUGUUCAAGACAGCAAGGAAGAUGCUGCCAUUCUUCGUUUCUUGACCCCCAUUGCCAAAGCCUAUGUCUGCAAGAUUGGAGUCAAUGCCUGUAGCGAAGCCAUGGAAGCAUUAGGUGGCCAGGGCUACAUGGAGGAGAUUGGCAUUGGCCGUCAACUUCGCGAUGCUCAAGUCAAUACUAUCUGGGAAGGUACAACCAACGUCUUGGCCAUGGAUGUGAUUCGCGUCAUCAAAGAAACCAAAGGCCAAUGUCUUGGCACGUUUGAAAAGAUGAUUAGAGAAAAGGUUGAUCGCUCUGUAAAGGCAUCAUCUUGCUUGGCAGAUGCAGCAAAAUCAAUUGAUCUCGCCUUGAAUAACAUCAAACAAUUCUUUGCCCAAUCAAUGCGCAACAAGCUGGAGACAGAGGCCAAUGCCCGUCAAUUGACAUUUGCCUUGGGAAGAAUACUUGCCGGUGCUUUGUUCCUGGAGCAAGCUGCUUUUGAUAUCACACAAAACAAUGAAGGUGCCGAGGAGGAUAUUAUUGUGGCCAACAAGUGGUGUAAUGCCCGUGAAUUCACCCAACCUUUAAUUCCUACCAAUGCAGAUACCAUUUCCGAUGAAGCCAAGAUUGUGUUUGGUGCCAGCGCAAAGAUUUAA